UGCUCCUUGGCAAGCGUCGAUCGUGAUCAAAAAUUAACCCCUAUGCAGCGGAGCCAUCAUCAUGGAGAACCUCAUUCUGACCAGCGGCUGGUGUGUCCACAGGGUCCCCACCUCCCAGCUGAGAGUGCGCGUAGGCACCAGCUCCCGGAGCACUGGAGGAUCCCUGAUCGCCGUCUGUAAGGUCCACAUCCACCCGCACUACGCUUUGACCCGCUACGACAAUGACCUGGCUCUGCUGUACCUCUGUGAGAAUGUGACCCUAACCGAUAAUAGGGUUCAGGUGGUACCACUGGCCUCGGAAACUCCCAAUGACAGUGCGGAGGGCAUCGUCUCCGGCUGGGGCUACACCUCGUCGAGCAGCUUGUGCCUCUUGUGGAGCAAAAUGAUCUCGAUUCUUGGUCGGGUAAGAUUGUUCUGGAUAGAUUGCCUUACACCCAGAUCGCAGCAGCUGCAGCAGGCCAACGUGAAAAUCCUCAACUGGCAGCAGUGUGCAGCGGAUCGUUCGAUCUUUGGACAGUUCAGCCCCAUCCAAGGCCUCUCCGAGCUGACCCUCUGCACCAUUGGGGUUGCGGGCACUGGCACGGACACGGGCGCCUGCUACUUCGACGAGGGCGCUCCUCUGGUAGUAAAUGGCUUCCUGGUCGGCAUUCUGGGGACGGUAGGCUGUGCCGGGAAGCCCGAUGUCUAUGCUAAUCUGGCGCAGCACAAGAGUUGGCUAAAGGAGAACACCAAAUAGCGGGUGGAGAAGUGGCUGCCCGUGGCUGCUCUUGCCAAAUGUGUUUCCCAUGUGUUUCUUUUGGCGAGUGCAACCGCAGUCCUGGGGCGCCACUCAGCCCAGGACUACGGCCGAGUCCAUGCAAAUGUGUCUCCGCAAUGACCGCUGGACAGUUGCAUUAUUCAUUGUGGUUUCAACAAAGGGAAAAAAGUUCUAAAGGGAAUGUUAAUGGAUGCUUUCGAAGCCUAAAGUACCCCUGUUUUAGUCACUCAAACAUACCACAUUACAUAUCUGUAAAGUUUAGAAACACUAUCUAUAAAUCUUUGCAUCUAUAUCUCAUAAAUAAGCUACCCCAAAACUAAAACUU